CCUACAAGCUCACCAGCGCAUUCCGCCGCUGCACCACGCCGCCUACUCGGCCGCCGCCUACUCCAGCCUGGCGGGGCAGAGCCAGACCCCCGGUCUGUCCGGCCUGACCGGCCUGUCCGGUCUGACCGGUCUGACCGGCCUGUCCGGCCUGUCCGGUCUGCCGGUCGACCUGCACUCGGGCCAAUCGGACGCCUUCUACUCCAGCCCAGGGCCCACCGCGACAGCCGCAGCUCGGCAUCCCGUCUCCUGCCUGGCGGCCGCCGCCGCCGGUCACUCCGGCGCUCAGGCAGUUGCCGCCGCUGCUGCCGCACAUGCCGCCUACGAGAAGCAUCAAAAGGCUGUCGCCAUGGCAGCAGCAGCUGCCGCUGUAGCUGCUCAACACCAGCACCACCAACAUAUGCAUCAACACCAGCAGCACCAACAGCAUCAGCAUAUGCAGCAGCAGCAGCAACACCACUACCAAAUGAGCCAGCAACACCAACACCAGUCUGCCCAUCAGCACUCGGACCAAUCGGUAGAAGCGAUGCUGCCUUCGCAGAUGCCCUUGCACACCAACCUCACCUCAGGCCAACAUCAACAUGGCGCCCAACAUGCGUUAUCAUCACCUGCGGCCACGGCGACGGCGACGGCUACGGCCACGGCAGCCGUCCAACAGCAAAGUCAGCACCACCAGCAACAACAACACUUGCGGCAUCAUCAUCAUCAACAACAGCAGCAGCAGCAGCAACAACAACAACAACAACAACAACAUUCGAUGGUAACGUCAAUUCAUGCCUCGCAUGAUCUGUCGCUGGCCGGACUGACGUCAUUGCCGCCGAACGCCGGUGCUCAAACGCCAGGACACCAGUUGGCCUCGCCGCUGUCUCUGCCAAUGCCGAUGCCGCUGUCGACGUCGCAGAUCGGCCAGCAGCAUAAUCAUCAACAUCAACACCAACACCAACACCAGCAACAGCCUCAAAGCCAACACCACAACCAGAAUCAGCACCAGCAUCCGUUCGCGGGUCUAUCGCAGCGCCGCAAGCGUCGAGUACUCUUCACACAGGCCCAAGUCUACGAGCUGGAAAGACGCUUCAAGCAGCAGAAGUACCUCUCAGCCCCCGAGCGUGAGCACCUCUCACAGUUGAUCAACCUCACGCCCACGCAGGUAGGACUUUGCAAGUCUCCGUCCCGUUGCCUAUUCGGCCAAUCAUAUACUCGUCUGUGUGAAUGUCCUUUGCUACAUCAAUCAAUCUGUCUGUCUGUAUUAUUGUAUUACAACAUGUCUAACAAAUUAAUGCGUGUUUGUACGUAA